AUGGAUAGCUCGACCUCCGUAGCACUUGAGCCUCUGCUAUCAUUCUUGGCGUUCUCCUUGUCAAAACUAGAGUCUGGCUUCUACAGAAUUCCAGGCUCAGCAGUCGUUGCACGAUAUGUCAAGUCUUCUCAUCAGAACGAUCCUGGACGAACAAUUCUCGAGCUUAUUCUCGUUAUUUUCGCCAUAAGGACCCUACUACAGUCCAGGACACGCACUGAUAGGUCAGGCAAACAUUUUAUCAAGUUUUCUGAAAAGGAAAUAGACGAAUUAGUGGAUGAAUGGGUGCCUGAACCUCUUGUACAACCUCUUAGCGAGUGGGAACAGAAAGAUCUCAGCUCAGUCCCCGUCAUUGCUGGCCCUAAUGGCCCCAAGCCAAAACUCCUCGCAACUGGUAAAAUCGUAACCAACCUCGCCAGUUUCAACUUUGCUGGACUAGCGGGCAAUGAGAAGGUUAAAGAGCGGGCCCUCGAAACGCUCCAGAAAUAUGGCCUCGGAAGUUGUGGACCCCCUGGAUUUUAUGGAACCAUUGAUGUUCAUCUCGACCUUGAACGUGAUAUCGCCGAGUUUCUGGGCACCGAGGCUUCUAUUCUCUACUCUCAAGGUUUUUCAACUAUUUCGUCCGUCAUUCCUGCCUUUUGCAAGCGUGGGGAUAUCAUCGUCGCCGACCGUUCUGUGAACUUCGCAAUCCAAAAAGGCAUUCUAAUAUCCCGUUCAACCGUUCGUUGGUUCGACCAUAAUGACCUCAAGAGUCUCGAGGACACCCUCAUCAGCGUGGAGAAAGAGAGGAAGAAACGAAAGAGUCCUCUCACGCGUAGAUUCAUCAUUACCGAAGGUAUCUUUGAGCGCGACGGCGAAAUGGUGGAUCUUCCUAAACUGGUCGAACUUAAGCUAAAGUACAAGUACCGCCUCAUCUUGGAUGAAAGCAUCUCUUUCGGAACCAUGGGCCGAACCGGGCGUGGUCUGACGGAACUGUACAACGUUCCGGCGUCGCAGAUUGACAUGCUCGUAGGCUCUGUUGCUAACGGUCUUUGUUCUGCAGGUGGCUUCUGUGCUGGUUCUAGUAUCGUAGUGGAUCACCAACGGAUCAACGGCACGUCCUUUGUGUUCUCGGCUUCCAUGCCUGCUCUCCUGGCAACCUCUGGGUCGGAGGCAAUAACUAUCCUUCGGAACAACCCUUCAGUACUUCUCAAUCUGCAAGAUAAUAUCCGCGCCAUCCGUGCAGUAUUAGAGAAAACCGAAGGCAUUACGCUACUCGGUCAUCGUGCCAGCCCUAUCAUACAUUUCUGCUUGCGAACCCAACAACAAUCGCUUUCUGUCAGCCAGCCCACCUAUGACUAUGAGGCUGAAGAGCGCAUCCUGCAGGACAUUGUCGAUGAUUCGAUAGCAAGCGGCGUGCUACUAACGCGAGCGAAGCAUUUACGUGGACAAGAGAUGGUCGAGUCCAGGCCCACUAUACGUAUCGCUGCCACUGCGGCGCUGACGAGGAAAGAGGUGGAGAAGGCAGCGGGCGUCGUUAAAGCGAGUGUUACCCGCAUUUUGAGCAAGAGGAGAUAA